UUAAUCGUAUGCCAUCUUCAGCUAUCCAAAAUCAAGUUCCAUUCUCUGUCCUGUUUCCCCACUUACCUUUGUUUUCUCUUCCACCCCGUGUCGUUGGGAGUACGUGCUUUGUUCAUGACCUUGCUCCAGGAAAAGAUAAGUUAGCUCCUCGUGCUCUUAAGUGCAUAUUUCUGGGUUACUCGAGAACGCAAAAGGGAUAUCGAUGUUAUUCUCCUGACCUUCCGCGAUUUCUUAUGUCUGCUGAUGUUACCUUCUUUGAAACCCAAUCAUACUUCACAGGUGCAGUUAAUCACUUAGAUAUUUCUGAGGUGCUACCAGUUCCUUCUUUUGGAGAUUCAGUCCCUAUCUCCCAUUCAUCUUCCUCCAUAGCUCCACCACCUAUAGUUCCAGUUACAGCUCCACCAGCUAUAGCUCCAGUGCCACCACCGAGUCCAGUGCCACCACCUAGUUCAGUGCCAUCAUCGAGUCCAGUGCCACCACCUAGUCCAGUUCCACCAACUAUAGCUACAGUGCCACCACCUAGUCCAGUUUAACUUUCUACAGCUCCACCACUCCUGACUUAUCAUUGUCGUCCGCACCCAGCAUCAGGCCCAGCUAAUUCACGUCCUGCACCUGACCCUGCUAAUACUGCGGACUUGUCUCCUCUUAAUCAACCGAUUGCACUACGAAAAGGUAUACGGUCCACACUUAAUCCUAAUCCUCAUUAUGUCAGCUUAAGUUACCAUCGUCUGUCAUCAUCCCAUUGUGCAUUUGUGUCAUAUUUGUCCUCUGUUUCCAUCCCUAUGUCUACAGGUGAAGCGCUGUCUCAUCCCGGAUGGCAAUAGGCUAUGAUUGACGAGCUGUCUGCUUUACAUACGAGUGGUACUUGGGAGCCUCUUCCUCUUCCUUCGGGCAAAUUGACCGUUGGUUGUCAUUGGGUGUAUGCAGUCAAAGUUGGUCCAGAUGGCCAGGCUGAUAGAC